AUGGACAACAGCAACCAGCCUUCACAUGAAGAAUCUCCAGCUCGCUCCGUCCUCGUCAGAGCUUUCAGGCUUUUCACCGGGGACAUGCAUCUCUGUGCAGACUGGGUUAAAAAAUCUCUGACAGGACAGGUUUUGGCAAUCCAACUAGUGGACUGGAUUUUCCGAGGGGUGGCCCAGGUCAUGUCCGUCAACAACCCUGUCAGUGGGCUCCUCGUCACGGCCGGCCUCUUCCUGCAGGACCCUUGGUGGGCUCUGAACGGCCUGCUGGGUACCUUUGUGUCCACAGUGUCUGCGCUCUUGCUGGGACAAAACAGGAAAGCCAUAUCAGCGGGUUUAUAUGGCUACAAUGGAACCCUGGUUGGCAUACUGAUGGCUGUUUUCUCCACCAAAGGAAGCUGGUACUGGUGGCUGUUAUUGCCAAAUGUGUUCAUGUCCAUGUUGUGCCCGGUGGUCUCCAGUGCUUUGUCCUCAGUUUCCAGCAAAUGGGACCUCCCUAUAUUCACCCUGCCCUUUAACAUUUUGGUGUGUCUACAUGUUGCAGCUACAGGAGCCAAUCACCCUUACUUCCCAGAGGUACAGUACAGCCCUGCUAUACAAACAAUGAUGCACAUACACAAUGAUUAGCUACAUAUGAUAAUUAAGUAAAUGGAGGCUUUCCAUUUGCAGCUCAUCCUGUCAGUGCCAGUUGGUGUGGGCCAGGUGUAUGGCUGCGACAGUCCUUGGACAGGAGGUCUCAUCCUUCUGGCCCUGCUGCUUUCCUCACCAACUAUCUGUUUUCAUGCCAUGUGGGGCUCUGCUGCUGGCAUGCUGUCUGGAUUUGCUCUUGCAGCGCCUCACAAGGACAUUUACUCUGGGCUGUGGGGAUACAACAGCGCCCUAUCCUGCAUUGCCAUCGGGGGGGUCUUCUAUGUCCUAACAUGGCAAACCCAUCUAAUGGCUGUAAUAUGUGCACUUUUCUGCGCAUACAUGACGGCAGCGAUCUCAAAACUGAUGUCAGUGCUCGCAUUACCAGCCUGCACAUGGCCUUUCUGCCUGUCGACUCUCAUCUUCCUCCUCAUUUCCUCUGAGAUCCCAGCCAUCUGCAGACUGCCUCUGUCUGUGGUCUCCUACCCCGAGGAAAACCGGCGCUACCAGAGACAAUUAAAGGCCUCGGAGAAAGCUCGGCGCAGUCAGCAGAGCUGCAGCCAAGAAGAGGCCACGCUGAAAGGGAACGGACAGCCAAAUGUCCAGUUGGUCGUGGACAAGGACUGCAGUGAAUCUGUGUGA